CAAUACUAACACAUUACACACUCUUUUCAAAAUGACUCCUCUCAUAAAAACCUUUCUAUUUUCUUUUUUUCUCAUCACUCUCUCCUUCCCCUAUACACAGGCAGCACAAUUCGACAUCAAAAAUAAUUGUAGGGACACCGUAUGGGCUGCCGCUGUGCCAGGUGGCGGUAGGCAACUAAACUCGGGAGAAAUGUGGACCAUCAACGUAGCUGCAGGUACCAAAGCGGCCCGUAUUUGGGCCCGAACUGGUUGCAGCUUCGACAGUUCAGGCAACGGUCAUUGUGAAACCGGUGACUGCGGCGGAUUACUAAAUUGCCAAGCUUACGGUACACCCCCUAACACACUAGCGGAAUACGCUUUAAACCAAUACAUGAAUUUAGACUUUUUUGACAUUUCUCUUGUAAAUGGAUUCAACGUUCCUAUGGAUUUUAGUCCAACGUCUAAUGGUUGUACACGUGGCAUUCAAUGUACCGCUGAUGUUAACGGACAGUGUCCUAGUGAACUUAAAACACAAGGGGGUUGUAACAACCCAUGUACGGUUUUUAAAACCGAUAAUUACUGUUGUAAUUCUGGUAAUUGUGGACCCACUGAUUAUUCAAAAUAUUUUAAGGGUAAGUGUCCUGAUGCUUAUAGUUACCCAAAGGAUGAUGCCACAAGUACAUUCACUUGCAAUGGUGGAACCAAUUACAAGGUUGUCUUUUGCCCAUGAAGUGAUGAACAUGAACCAUGAAUGCGUACACUAAAUAUAGAGAAUAAAUUGAAAAAGGGAAAGGUGCAUGAUGUGUGUGCACUUUAAUUGUGAGCUUAUCUAUAUAUGAUGAACAAAUCUAAAUGAUGUAUGUUUGAGAUCAUUAUAAAUAAAUUUUCAUGAAAUUAAGAAAAAAA